AGUACAGAAGUUCCCUCCGAAAUAAACAAAGCUAUAAAAGUAGCAGAGGAUACCAAUAAAGAUGUCAAGAAAUUGGGAGAAAAACAGGAAAAUCUUCAUCACAAAAUCCUUGAUAAACUUCGUGAUGUUGGUCCAAUGUUGGAUCAUUUGAAUAAAUUAACUUAUCAAGUUGAAGAAUUGGAACAGUACUCUAAAUAUUUAACAGUCCUUUCAAAAAUUGAAGACAUCAGCCAUCAAUUGCAAGCAGCUUUAAUUACCCAGACCUCUCAACCAGCUUUAAGUAAUUUUACUGAUCUGAUAUUAUUAUAUAAAAGUAUUCAAACAUCAAAAUGUAGCAGAUUACUGAAAUUUGUAGAAGAUACAGUUAUAUUCUGGAAUAAUAUUAUCAAAUCUAGAAUAGCUCGUGAAUUUGAAGAGGUAUUAAAGUCAAUGAGAUGGCCUGUGGUUACAUCAACAAUCCAAACACCAACACCACCCAAUAUAGGUGAUAUCAAAAAACGAAUGGAGAUCAUGUUUAAACAGAUGCUUCAUUUACAACUUCCAUAUCCUUUUCAAAAUCAUAAUUAUCAAUAUUUGGUAUUUGAGAAAAUUGUAGAAUUACCUCCCUUGGCCUACCCCAUGCAGUUGAUGUUGUUACCAUUGAGGAAAAGAUUCAGAUUUCAUUUCUAUGGCAACAAACAAACCAACAGUUUAGACAAGCCUGAAUGGUAUUUUACCCAAGUUUUAACCUGGAUUAGAGAUCAUGAGGAAUUUCUUGAUAAAAACAUUCAACCUUUAAUAAAAGAACAGGACAGUCAACUUAAUGUUAAGGUAGAGUUUAUGAGAGGAUUAGUACAGUUAGUAAUGGAGAAGAUAUUACAUGAUGUACCAGAAUUAUUAUACGAUGAUCAUCAAAUAUCUCAUAUGAUAGAUGAAGCCUUGAUGUUUGAUAAAGAGUUAAGAUUGACCUAUAGCUACCCUUAUGAUGAACCUGGUUGUCUACAUGUUUUAGUCAAUGGGGAUGUUUUUAAAAAAUGGUUGGUCAUUGAAAAAAAAUUUGCUGUAGAGAAGAUAGAUGGAAUGUUAUCAUCACCUACAGCCUGGCUAUCACAAUAUAAAGAUAUAGUAGAUAUUGAAGAAUUAAAGGUACCAGAAUGUGCUGAAAGUUUCAUGACUUUACUAUUAACUAUCACAGAUCGAUAUAAGCCUCUUCCCACCCCAACAAGUCAGUUGAAAUUUUUAAAACUACAGCUAGAAUUAUUAGAAGAAUUCCGAGUUCGUGUGGUACAGAUCAUGAAAGGAUAUACACAUAGCCCUGUUGGUGAAGAAUUUACAGCAAUAUUAAAUGGUGUUCAUUAUGUCAUAGAGGUGCUCCGAGAGUGGAGUGAAUUAGUGGUAAAACUGAUGUUUCAGAUAAACUAUCUUCAUUUGGGUAGCUUUAUUGAAAAUUUAAACCUUUCUAAAUUGGACUAUCAUAUUUUUUUGCAGUUUUUUCUGCUGUUUGAAACGACUGUAUUUGAAGAUGUUAUAGAGAAAUAUGAGAGUUUGAAGAAUGAGAUGAUCAAGAAUUGUGUCAAUUAUAUAGCUAUGGAUAUCCAGGCUCAUAGUCAACCUUAUAGAAAAGACAGAUGGUUGGCAUUACCAUCUCAGAAAGAAUUACAGACUACUUUAGGACUGUCAGCUUCAGCUUGUGAUAUGUUCUUAGUUUUGAAACAACAUCUAGCCAUCAUGGAUCAACUGUUAUCUAAACCAUUAUUUAAUAAAUUAUGGCAAAGAUUGACUGGUAAACUCAAUAAAUUCUUCAUGGAUGAGGUGAUACUGUCAAACCAUUUUAAUGAUGGAGGUGCUACCCAACUACAGUUUGAUAUGACCAGAAAUUUAUUUCCCUUAUUUGGAGAGUUUACACAGAAACCAGAAAACUACUUCAGAGAAGUAAAAGAAGCCUGUAUAUUGUUGACUUUAAAACCUGGUUCAGCCAUUUUAUUAAAAGAAGUUUUACAAAAUGAAGGAAAGGCGAAGGAUCCUAAUUCGAAACAUACUGAUAUUAAACAAACAUUGGGUGAAAUGGGUGUACACAGACUGCCCCCUAUGACAGCUGGAAGAAUACUGAGUUUACGUGCUGAUUUAAAUAUAUCCUGAUGUCCUAUAUAUAAUACAUUGUGAUUCCUUGUGUGUGAUACGAGAAUGCCAGUAGCGAAAUGAACCCUUAAAGACAGGUGUGUGCCCAUACUUAGUGCAUGGGACCCUCAAGAAUGGUGUGUGCCUGUAGUACAAGGACCCCCUAAGAGUGAAGUGAAAGAGUAGGGGCUCCUUUAAAUGUGUGACAAUCCCUAAUAUUUUUACAAUGGGUUCAACCCAUUGGGUUGCGUUUGUAAAAGAUUAGAUCAUAUGAUUAUUUUUGAUGCUUUAAAUCUUUAAUUUCAAUGUAGCUCAUCAUUCCAGACAUGAGAUUAGAAAUGUUUGUGCUUGACAAGUCUGUGGCUUUAUUGUUGAAAUUUACUGUUUGUUAUAUUGGUGAUAAGUACAUAUGUG